AUGCUCCCCACGCCCUGCACCUCGCACGUCUCCUUCGACACCAUCUACGAACCCUCCGAAGACUCGUACCUCUUCCUGGACACGCUCUCAUCGACCUCUGAAUCAACAUGGCUGAAAGAACGAUUCAACGCCUCUACCAGCUCCUCCUCCGACCCCUCCACUAACCCCUCCCCCACGACAUCCUCCCCCUCCGCCUCCCCCCUCAUCAUCGAAGUCGGCACCGGCUCCGGCGUCGUCCUCGGCUUCGUCGCAGGCAACUCCCACGAGAUCCUCGGCCGUCGCGACAUCCUCACCCUGGGGAUAGACGUAAACCGCAACGCCUGUCUCGCCACGAAAGAAACAGUGCAGAAAGCGAUUCAAGAGCGCCAGGCCGAUCCUCUACCCAAUGCAGACCCCUCCAACCCGGCCCCGAACCAACGAACCAAAACAAUCUACACCUCCUCCAUAACAUCCGACCUCCUCUCCUCCAUCCGCCCCGCUAGCGUCGACAUCCUCCUCUUCAACCCCCCCUACGUCCCCACAGAAGACCUCCCCCGGAUCCCCAGCGCCACGGAACAAGACCGUGCCACCGAAGAGGGACUCACCCGGUCUGAGAAGUUCGAUCGCGAAUCCUACUUCCUGUCGUUGACGUAUGCGGGGGGGAAAGAUGGGAUGGAGACGACGGAUCGUCUGAUUGAGCAGAUUCCGGAAGUGUUGGAGCCCACGCGCGGCGUGGCGUAUGUGUUGCUUUGUGCGCAGAAUCGGCCGGGGGAGGUUCGGGAGAGGAUUAGGGGGUGGGGAGGAGCGUGGAGGGCCGAGUUUGUUGGGAAUAGUGGGGUGCAGGCGGGGUGGGAGAAGUUGGUGAUUUUGAGGGUUUGGAGGGAGGGAAUUGAUUAA